GAGGGCGCGGGGGGCGCGGAGCACGGGUCUGCGGCGCUGCAGCCUCCCGAGGGCCAGCCUCGCCGAGCCCGGGGCUGGGUCUGAGCGGUGGCGAGGCGGCAGCCCCGCGCACACCAAAGAGGAGGCGGCUGUGGCGGCAGCGGCGGCCCCAGCCAUGCUGUGCUAUGUGACGAGGCCGGACGCGGUGCUGAUGGAGGUGGAGGUGGAGGCGAAAGCCAACGGCGAGGACUGCCUCAACCAGGUGUGCAGGCGGUUGGGAAUUAUAGAAGUUGAUUAUUUUGGACUGCAGUUUACGGGUAGCAAAGGUGAAAGUUUAUGGCUAAAUCUGAGAAAUCGGAUCUCCCAGCAGAUGGAUGGGCUAGCCCCUUACCGCCUCAAACUGAGAGUCAAGUUCUUCGUGGAACCUCAUCUCAUCUUACAGGAGCAGACUAGGCAUAUCUUUUUCUUGCAUAUCAAGGAGACCCUCCUGGCCGGCCACCUCCAGUGUUCCCCGGAGCAAGCAGUGGAACUCAGCGCCCUCCUGGCCCAAACCAAGUUCGGAGACUAUAAUCAGAACACUGCCAAGUACAGCUACGAGGAGCUCUGUGCAAAGGAACUCUCCAGUGCCACCUUGAACAGCAUUGUGGCAAAGCAUAAGGAGCUGGAGGGGACCAGCCAGGCUUCUGCCGAAUACCAGGUGUUACAAAUCGUGUCCACGAUGGAAAACUAUGGCAUAGAGUGGCAUUCCGUGAGGGACAGUGAAGGGCAGAAACUCCUCAUCGGGGUUGGACCUGAAGGAAUCUCCAUUUGCAAAGACGACUUUUGCCCAAUUAAUAGGAUUGCUUACCCGGUGGUCCAGAUGGCCACCCAGUCGGGGAAGAACGUGUACUUGACCGUCACCAAGGAGUCCGGAAACAGCGUCGUGCUCUUGUUCAAGAUGAUCAGCACCAGGGCCGCCAGCGGGCUCUACCGAGCGAUAACGGAGACGCACGCUUUCUACAGGUGCGACACGGUGACCAGCGCCGUCAUGAUGCAGUACAGCCGAGACCUGAAGGGCCACUUGGCGUCUCUGUUUCUGAAUGAGAAUAUCAACCUCGGCAAGAAGUACGUCUUCGAUAUCAAAAGAACGUCUAAGGAGGUGUACGACCACGCCAGGAGAGCCCUGUACAACGCCGGCGUCGUGGACCUCGUUUCGAGAAGCGACCCCAGCCCUCCGAACUCCCCGCUCAAGUCCUCGGACAGCGGCCUGAACUGCACCAGCUGUGAGGGCCUCAGCUGCCAGCAGACCAGGGCGCUCCAGGAGAAGCUGCGGAAGCUGAAGGAGGCCAUGCUGUGCAUGGUGUGCUGCGAGGAGGAGAUCAACUCCGCCUUCUGCCCCUGCGGCCACACUGUGUGCUGUGAGGGCUGCGCCGCCCAGCUGCAGUCCUGUCCGGUCUGCAGGUCGCGGGUGGAACACGUGCAACACGUCUACCUACCGACCCACACCAGUCUCCUCAACCUCACCGUGAUCUGACGUGUCGUGCACUUAACUGGACAAGCCACGUUUCCGUGAACUGCACUAUUACUUAAACUAAAAAACGAUCGUGGAGAAAAUAAGUACUCUGACACCCAUCUGCCAUGCAGUGUUUAAAAAAGAAAAAAAAAAAAAAAAAAGGAAGACUCAAAAGAAUAUUCCUCCCCAUCAAAACAAACCAUGCGUAGAAUCCGCACCUGCAGUGGUGGGGACCAGGAAGGGUUCUGGGACACAGACAUGUUCCUUGGGCUCAUUCUUCUUAUGAUCAAGUAAAGGAAUAAGUCAAAUCUUUGAUGUCAGUUAAGUGGCAGCAUAGCCAAAAAGUUGGGUACCCUUUAGGAAAGGAUCUUGUUAAGUCUCCUUAAUGUAUCCCAAGGUAAGUUUCCUACUUGCAACAAAUUUUGUAAGAAUUCGUUUUAAGAAUUUACUUGGUUCUUUUUGUACGGUCAUGGAGCUCUGAACAUUUUAAUAGGAAAUUUUUCUUAAGGAAACCGUCAUUUUAAUGUCAUUUCUGUUUUUAUAACUUGGUCGAGAAUGAUUGGAAGGCAAAGAGGCGCAAAGAUCAGUUCUGCGACUUGUAAAAGGUUGAUCACCAGGUUGCCCGAUGUAAACCGGUCUGGCUGGUGGAAAACCGGUCACUCAGUGUGCACGGCUUCCUCUUCCCUCCCCGUCUCCUCACCCCCACGUCUUGCGAUUUAUAAGACGCUACCGGUCUGGUAAGAAGAUUUCUGUGGAGCAGUCCUCACUCCUUGGGCUCUUGAGUUGGUGGAGUAGAUUAUUUAAGUUGAAGAGGGAACCCGCGUUCCUCGGAAAGCCAAGUGUUGCUCGCGGAGAUGAAGCUUCCCGGUGUACAAACCGGGGGGUUCUCCACUUCUCCCCAAAACUCCAGCUUCAUCCGGUGGGGUCGCUUUUGCUUGAGCCAUCGAGCCUUUACAGCCUUAUCAUAGGUAUCUUAGAGAUUGUAUGCUUUUUGUUUCUGUUUUUUUUUUUUUUUUGUAAGUGCUUACGUAUUAACGUUCAGUUGUCCCCUCCCUACGUCUCAGAGGGGUUUGGAGCUUCUUCAUUUCUUUGUUCUUAAUCAAGUUAUCCACUCCCACUUGGGCAUUUUGGACGCUGGUCAGCUUGUGGGUUUUCUAGGACGUCGGGACACCUAGAUGACCUUAUUGGGUGCAAUACUAGCUAAGUUAAAGCUAGGAACCUACACUGUCACUUUACUGAGAUUUCCGAGUAUACUUUUCAUAUUGCCUUAAUGUAGCAGUAAUGUGUUUAUGCAUUUGUUUCUUUGCACAGACAUUUUGUCAAAUAUUAAAACUCUACUUUUUUAUGGCACAUAUUAGCAUAUAAGCCUUUAUUCCAAGAGGUAUUUAUUUUUUCACUUGUAAAAAAAAAAUAAUGUUUCCACAUAAAGAACUCUGUUAUAUCCUCAAGGACUUCUGUCUUUUGUAUUCAGGAUAAUAAAGACUUUAAAGCAAACAUG